AUGCGUACUUACGACGACUCCUUCAGCGGCCAGAAGAUCUACCCUGGCAAGGGCAAGCUGUUCGUCCGUGGCGACAGCAAGAUCUUCCGCUUCCACAGUGGAAAGUCCGAGUCCCUCUUCCUCCAGCGCAAGAACCCCCGCCGCAUCGCAUGGACUGUUCUCUUCCGUCGCCAGCACCGCAAGGGUAUCUCUGAGGAGGUCGCCAAGAAGCGUACCCGCCGUGUUGUCAAGAACCAGCGUGCCAUCGUUGGUGCUUCCCUCGAUGUGAUCAAGGAGCGCCGCUCCCAGCGCCCCGAGGCCCGUGAGGCCGCCCGCAAGCAGGCCAUCAAGGACGCCAAGGAGAAGAAGGCUGCUUCCGCCAGCGCCAAGAAGGCCGAGAAGGCCAAGCUCGCUGCCACCAAGGGUGGUGCCCAGCGCAUCCAGAGCAAGCAGGGUGCUAAGGGUUCCGCUCCCAAGGUCGCCGCCAAGUCCCGCUAA